GUAUCGAUUUUCGAUUUCAAAAACCGCCCUCCUCCGCCUGCCCUUUUCCGCCCGCUCCUGCUCCCCGCCGCAUCUAGGGUUUCCGGCCUCCGAAAUCGCGCCCCCGCCCCCCGCCGCCGGCGAGAAUGUCGGCCAGCGCCGGGACCGAGAAGGCCGCGUCCCCCGCAGCGGAGGCGCCCAAGUCCGGCGGGGAGCUGCUCUACUGCGGCGCCACCAACUUCGACGCCAUCAACCGGAAGCUGCCCAGCGGGAUGCAGGGCAACCUCGUCUCCCCGACGCGCCUGCGCUCGCUCAUGGGCGUCGACAUCGUCUCCGUCGCCUCCGGAUGCGCCGCUUGCCAUUGUGUUGCUUUGGGUGCCGAUGGACGUUGCUAUACAUGGGGUCGCAAUGAGAAGGGGCAGUUGGGACAUGGUGAUACUCUUCAACGUAACCUACCGACUGUUGUUUCUGAACUAUCAAAAUAUAAAAUAAUUAAAGCAAGUGUUGGAAAAAAUCAUACAGUAGUUGUAACUGACGACGGGAAGUCCUUCGCAUUUGGCCACAACAAAUUUGGACAGUUGGGGACAGGUUCCCUAAAGAAUGAAAUUGAGGCAUCGCCAGUGCCCUGUCUUGUGACAGAAGUGACUGGUGUUGCUUGUGGUGGUGAUUUUACUGUCUGGCUGUCAUCAGUCGAGGGCUCUACUAUACUUACAGCAGGCCUUCCUCAGUAUGGCCAACUUGGUCAUGGAACAGACAAUGAGUACAAUACCAAAGAUUCGUCAGUAAAGCUAUCAUAUGAACCUCAGCCCCGUCCCAGGGCAAUAGCCGCGUUAUCUGAGAAAACUAUUGUCAAAGUUGCAUGCGGAACAAACCAUACAGUCGCAAUUGAUUCGAGUGGCUUUGUUUACACAUGGGGGUUUGGCGGAUAUGGAAGGUUGGGCCACAGAGAACAGAAGGACGAGUGGCAACCUCGCCUCGUUGAAAUAUUUCAAAGGAACAAUGUUCUGCCUCCCAAUGCUAUUCUCUCAGCUGGUUCUGCAAACUGUGCAUGCACUGCUGGUGGGGGGCAGUUGUACAUGUGGGGAAAAAUGAAGACUACAGGCGAUGACACGAUGUAUCCAAAGCCACUAAUGGAUUUGAGUGGUUGGAACAUCCGCUGCAUGGCUUCUGGUACCAUGCACCACGUUGUUGGCGCAGAUGAUUCUUGCAUAAGCUGGGGUAAUGCCCAAUAUGGAGAGCUUGGUUACGGUCCUAAGGGACAGAAGUCAUCUGCGAAUCCUAAGAAGGUUGACAGUCUUGAAGGAAUGCAUGUUACGGGUGUUGGUUGUGGAUUCGGGCUGUCCCUGAUUAUUGUGGACAGAGCAAAAGCUGGUGAUAAGCUUGAUCAGCUGGAUAUUUACGAUGGUGAUACUUCCACCCCAGUAGAAGAGACCGUGGAGCCAAAGGUGACCAAGAAGGCACCUGCUAGCGCCUCCAAGUCCAACAAGCGGAAGAAAACCAAGGACCUCUCCGAAUCAGAAGAAGAGGAUGAGGAUGAGAGCGAAGAUGAUGAGGACGAUGAUGCUAGGGGCGCAAAGGGCAAGCGUGGACGCAAACCAUCGGGUAGGGGCAGAGGCAGGGGAGCCAAGAAGGCGACCCCAGAGCCGAAGCCAUCUGGAAGGGGCAGAGGCCGGCCGAAGAAAACCGAGAGCCCGGCUGAAAGCUCGGGGCGAGGUGGGAAGAGAGGCCGAGGCAGAGCCCGGAAGUGAGGGUCCUAACAUAAUAGACCUCGGGGAGCCUUUUUGCUGAAAUCAGGUCUAAGCGGAUAUCUAACACCUGAUGUGAUCCAGCCCAAUAGCCAUUCGAGAAUCUUUUCUGUGUGCGGUAGUAACCUUGUGAUUGCGAGUCUGGAAUGUUAACAUGCGCAACCGUAUUAUUCAUUGGUGAUUGUGAGGGGAAUUUUCUGCUCGGUCCCAAGCAGUUGAUGUCAA